AAAAUCUUAAAUUAGUAGGUUGUUGUUGGAUCGCAAAAUUCUGUGUAAACCUAAUUUUUAUUUAAAUUAAUUAUUAUUAAUUAUUGUCUCUCUGCAUACGCAUUAUUUAUAUAUGAAAGUUUUUUUUUUUUUCAUUGUAAAUCUCGAUGGAAAUAAAUAAUGGAAAUCUAUAUUAAUCAAAUAAAUAUUCAACCGAUUUAAGGCGUAACAGGAAAUUUCCAAAUCAUGUCGUUCGAAUGUGAACCUGCAUCAUAACCAUAGGGAUAUUUACUAAAAAUACUCGUUAUCUGAUCGAUCAACUAGAUUAGUAAGCAAAAUACUCUUACCAAAAUGAUGCAAAUGGAACACCAUUCCUCGGGCAAUCACCAUGCACGUCCACUUUGCUUGGCUGGUCCUGAACGUGAGCCUAUUAAUUUUUUGGUAAACUUGGUUGGAGCUCCGCCUGAAGUUGAGCAGCUAGUUGAACAUAUUAAACUAGUCGCCGAACAAUUUCUCUAUCACUGGAAAAGUUUUCCUAUUUCUCUUCCCCAACCUCUGGCGGCAACAUCAUAUACGCAAGCAGCAGGCAAUCAAGUGACUAACCGAAAAAAAAGUCCAAUAAACUUGCGAGAUUUAUUUAUUUCGCCCCCAUUUGAUGAAUUAGAUGCAGUCGCUUCAGACGGUUCGGGUGAACCAAGACGCUUGACCAAUUCACAACUCAAAGCCUUACGAGAACGCGGCUUGCAAAAGGAUAAAUACGGAAAACCGAAGAAAUUAACUUUGGAACAAUUGGAAACAAUUCGAAAUAAUGGAGAAUUCGAUGUGCCCAGUUUAAAUUUUCCUGGACAAGUACACAAGUGGCGUUUGUCAUUGCUACUGCAGAAAGGAUCAUACCGAGCACAUGAUUCGUUUCUUAGUGAUUUGGCUCUGGCAGCUCGAUUCGUUGUAGUCACGGCACGGGGUAGAUUGCUAUCGCACUUUUUUUCUCUUGCUCAUGCUGUUCGUGCUUUAUUUCAUGGACUCGUCAACCUGCUGGAUAUGGCUGUGGGUGUUCCAUCGUUAUUGGCACAUGACCUAGACUACAAAAUCCAAGAGGAAAGAUGUCGUUUUCUGGUCGCUGAACUAGUUUGUAGGCCUGAAUUUGAGGAUUGUCUGUAUUCGCUUUGCUCCUUUGUUCGGAAACAAAUGCGGCGGGCUAUUGUAGAGAAAAUAGACGUGAAAAACUGUGAAACCGCUCAACCAGUUCCGUAUCUGUUUCUGACACCAAAGGGCCAAGAGAUUGACUUGAGACUAUUCUCACGUGAUAUCAUGCGCAAGGCGCUGCCCAUCCUCGUCGGAAUACUAGAGCGUGAAACUAGGGGUUGGUUUUUACAUUUUCGCGAACGAUUAAUUGCCGAACUGCGAGAGAAGAAGCUUACUGAUAAAGAAAUUGAAGAGGAAGUAAACGAUGCCGUCAUGAAAGAAUACCUUCAGCGAGUCUACACGUCAAUUCUAUCAAAUACACAGCUGGCUGAAUUUGGUGAUGGAAUACCUCGUCUGCUUGUUCAACAAGCCCAAUCUGUUGUAAUAAUGCAUAAAGCUGUUGACAAAGUCCAAAAAGAACUUAAGCGAUCUCGCGAAGAUCACCAAAAGUGUCUAACGAAUGAUCAUUCAGUAUUGUCACGCAUAGCUCCCUGGCUGAGAUCGAAAUUGAGAGCAGCUGAAGCCACAAAGCUUUAUAAAUCGACAUGGGCUGCUCACGAAGAAGCAUUGCGUAUGUGUAGCAAGCAUGACCUCAGUCAGACAUCGUAUUUUCUAAAUCGUGACAUGGCUUUUAUGAAGGAACGUGAGCCAGUUCUUUUGAAAGAGUUAAAAAAUGCAAAAACUCCAACGCGAACAUUCCAUUGGACUGUACGUAUUUGGUCACCGAGCUCUUGGAUUGUUCAGCGAGAGUUUCAAGGACAGUCAGAGGUUAUUCCGACUGUGAUUAGCCAGCAAGCCACAUCAAUAGUUACCCCUCGCUCUGAUCCCAGUCAACCGGUGUUUAUGGUAGAAAAGGAGAUUACACGUACUACAAGUACGCGAUGGCCAUUUUGGCGAAUUGUAAAUUUAGUGCAAAGAUCAUGGACUUGGACAUGGAAUGUGAUAUUUUUCUUAGGCAUUUUUGUGCCAUGGUUUAGUCCGUUAGGUUUGCGGGCAUUGUGUUGUAUGGAACCUUUUAUGUCCGAUCUAGAAUUAUCACAAAUAAAUGGAACUUUAUUUCCAAAGAAGAGUAGUAUGACACAGACGCUGGCGUCGAGGCUGAUUGAUUUAUGGCGCAAUGUUUCUAAAUCAAGAAAUCACUUUGAAACCGAACCAGAUACAGGCUUCAUAGGAAAAGGCUUUACGAGAAACAUGAACCGUGUGUGGAAUUAUUUUGUUAAAGGAUUUCUCGGCACUGUGACUAUACUUCUAGUGUUUCCAUUAGUUUCGCUUACAACAAGCUUAUUAAGUAUUUUAUUGGCACUCACGGCAUUUAUUUGGGUGCCAAUGUUAACAGUAGGAUUGCAUAUAUUUAUGGUUUUAAUCUAUGAUUUGGAUUGUCCUGAUAUUUCGCGCAAUCGUUUUUGUAUUCUGUUAGAGGCUCUUGUUUGGAAUAUAUUGAUUCAGGGAUGCAUUCAACCAAUUGCUGCCGUCUUCGUUUCAAUGGUUUUGUGUCCUUUGGCUUCAGUUUUGGUUUUAGUUGUUGGGGCUGCACGAUAUUCAUUGAGACUGCUCUGGGAUUCGUUGACAUUCCAUUUAUUUAUUAAAAAAUGUGGUCGAGUACCCGCUUCAGACAGUCUAGCUGUCCGUCGUAUUGCUGGUCCUGGGUUAGCUUUGGAUUACUACUUCAUUAUUAUACCUGAACAGGCAUUGGCUGCAUUUGAGGCUAAAAUGGAGUUGGACGAGUUGCAAGCCUACCAACAAGCGAUAGAAAGAGUUAUUAUGCAGCCACAAAAAGACUAUAGACAGUUUGUGGAAGCAUGUUUUGGUCCGUUUUCUGCACAGUUGGCUAAAAAUGGACCAUUUUUGCGAUUGGAUCGUGAAGCUCAAGAUUUAAUGGGUACGCUGCAUGAAAAGCUAGAAAAGAGGAGAUGGGAACUGCAAACUGGAUUGGUAACAGCUGUCAAGACAAGAAUAAAGUUGAACACGUUAGAACUAAAGAUUGCAAUACAAUUAGCCGCCCAUAUGCUUGAAAAGUACUAUCCUGGACAUGUGAUAUCAAGACUUUCCAUUACGGAAGAUGAGUUCUGGGAUAAUAAAGGUCUCUCACCGAACGAUUGGCCCGGUUUAGCUGGUCUUAUGUAUACAGAAAUAUUUAGUUUAGACUUUCUAACGCCACUUUCGGAAUCGGAUACAUAUUUUAAACUGGAACCUCAUUCACAGUUGGAUCUUUCGCGUUACACACAAAUGGUACAAAAUGCAACCGAUGUUAUCGGUGCGAAUGGUCCAGAUUUGUUGGGAAAUGUAUAUGCCCCUCGAGGUAAUGUUCAAGUACACUUGCCAUUUCUGGAAGUGACGGCAUUCAAUCCAAGAUCAAAGAUAACUUUAACAUUUAGAAAACCACAAAAGCGAGACAUGACGGUUGGUUUAACAACACCUCGUGUACGAGCACUUCGUGCUGCCUUGCAAUCAAGAUUCGACGAUCAACAAUCGAAUAAACCUUGGCGUCCGUGGAAGAGGAAAACACAGGAUAAGACAGCUUCUGAUAAAUUGCUUAUUCCGCUGCCCAUUCCACAUCCUGUACAUAUCGCUAUAGCAAUACACAAUCGUGAUACGGAACAACCAAUUCCAUUAGAUUCGGAAUUGUGUUGGGAAAUUCUAAAGGCAAUCGAAGAUUGUCACGGCGAUAUAAUGACUGUUCAAUCGGUUGCGCGUUACCGUGGUGGUGGUGGAGGCUCUAGUUUCGAUUCACUGGAUUCCGAUACGAGUAUUGGAACUCGAGAAUCUACAGCAGCUGCCGGAGGAACAGAGACACUGCCUUGUGGGACAAGAGAGGUCGAUACAACAAUAAAAGUUCAAGAAGACCAACCUCAGUCAUCUGGGUUUCAUUGGACACUUAAUAACUGGGGUGCAGCGCAAAAUGCAAGGCGCCGCAACUCUAAUGUCCGCGUUAACCUAGCCAGUCCAGAAGAUAUCUCAUUGGACACAGAUAGUUCACGGGCAGUAUUUAGCGCAUAUGGAACAACAGUUUAGUUGUUUCAGUCAUAUUAUUAAGCUUAGCACUUAUUUCCAUUACAUUAAUAAAUUUAAUUAUUAUUAUUUUUUUAUAAUAAGCAGCUAAUAAUUUUCUAUUCUUUACUACAAAUGCAUAUUGCAAUUUUAUAUUAAAACAAAACAAAAAUAUAAAUACAAAAUUGUCUAACAUGCUAUCAAAACAGCAAACAAACAAAACAAAAACAAAAAAAAAAACGAAAUCUAGUCUUAGAAGUUUCACAAAAAUGAAUUAUUUAUAAAUAAAAAGAAGUGAUACAAAUGAACAAAAUUACGUAUAUAAAUAUCUAUUAUGUUAGCGAAGAAGUAAAACAAACAAAAAAAUAUUAAUUAAACAAUUACAUUUGUAUAAAAAUCCAAUUAAAUAAACAUGUAUUUUUUUUGUUUUAAAUUUGGAAAUGGUUUAUAUUAGCGAGUAUAUUUUUAAAAUUAUACUUUUCUUUAUAACUUCCAUUUAAAAGAAAUGAAAAAAUAAAGUUGUAUUUAAAUAUCCUCACCUUAAAGUAAAAACCAGUUAACUUACAAAAAAUAAAAAAUUAAAUAAAAUCUAUUUUCCGAAUAAAAAAUAGAAUUUUUUAACCUAUUAAGAGUCUAGGGGAAAAGCGCGCAAGAUCACUCAAACCAAUUUUGAAAAAGAGGAUUUAAAUUAAGGUAAAACUACUAAUCGAAUUCAUCAAUGGCUCAAUUUUGAAAAAAAAAGUGAACUUGUUCUGUUUUACCCGUGGAUUCAACUGAUUUUAUCAUGAGCUUUUUUAAAAUAUAAUAGACAUUUUAAAUGAAGAUAAGUGGUUUUUACUUUAAGCCGAUGGAAUAAUAUAAUUGAAAUAAAAUCUCUCUAGUUGUACAACAACGCUUGAAAUUAUAUUUUAUAAAACAAACUAACGCUCUCUGAUAGUUUAAAUAAAAAAAAAAUUAAUAAAAAGCUCACUACAUUUUUUGCACUUUUUUAUACAAGUAGGCUAUUCUUUAAAUGUGCAUUUAUACAAACAUAAUAUAAAAUCUA